AUCUACCCAAAAUGAUUACUUCAGCCAUUCCCCUCGUUCUCGUUCUGAUUUCUAGUCUUGUCCAUGCCAUAGACUCCCCGCAAGACCAAAACAAGCUCCUGUCAUUCAACGAAACCGUGGUGACCCAAACCCUGCGUGCAGAACGGGCCUCUUAUGACUGGGUCUCUACAGGAGAGGAUGGAGAAUAUAUCACGAGCCAAAACGGAAACCUGGUGAUCGAGAAUGUCGCAUCGAACAAGUCGGAAGUAUGGCUGUCGUCGGUCCAAAUCCCCGAGGACUACUGGGAAUACUGGAUCAAGCCGGACGCGACGAAGGUCCUAUGGGCGGUUAAUUAUACGAAGCAGUAUCGCUAUUCAUAUUUUGCCUCGUACCUCGUCCUUGACGUCGCAAGUGGCAUCACAGAACCUCUUGUGGACGACCAAAUCGGAGACAUCCAGUACGCUACGUGGAGCCCGACCGAUGAUGUGAUCGCAUUCGUCCGAGGGAAUGAUCUAUAUGUCUGGGAUGCCGGCAAUGUCACCCAGGUCACCUUCGACGGCGGCCCAGACACGUUCAACGGCGUCCCCGACUGGGUCUACGAGGAAGAAAUUCUCGGCGACCGACACUCUCUGUGGUUCAGCCCCGAUGGUGACAAGCUCGCCUAUCUCGCCUUCAAUGAGACUGGCGUUGAAACGUUCACGGUGCCCUAUUAUAUGGACGGCGAAGAUGCGCCGCCAUAUCUACGAGAGCUUGACCUUCGAUACCCAAAGGUUGGAACGAAGAAUCCCACCGUCUCGUUUAAUGUCUUGGAUCUGGGUACAUUCAGAGCCACCAGGUUCCCCACUGAUGUUUUUCCAGUCGACGACUUCAUUAUCGGCGAGGUUGCAUGGCUCGCGUCAGAGCACGCAUAUGUCGCCUAUCGCGCUUAUAAUCGCGUUCAGGAUCACGAGAAAAUCGUGCUGGUCAACGCUGUAACCCUGGGAAGUACAAUAACGCGUGAAAGACAGGUCGAAGAAGGGUGGCUAGAUAACAACUUAGCCAUUCAGUUCGUUGGAGCGGUCAGUUCCAAUUCGACCUACCGCAAUGGCACUGAAUACCAUGUUGAUCUUUCUGAUUCUUCUGGAUACAACCACCUCUACCUUUUCUCUGUUCAGGCUGGGAAAGCCAUUCCCCUCACUUCAGGGGACUGGGAAGUUACAGAUAUUCUUAAGGUCGAUACUGCUCGGUCGUUGAUCUAUUACCGGUCUACGGAGCAUCAUAGUACAGAACGUCAUAUCUUCUCUAUCAACUAUCAGACACUCGAAAAAAAGCCUCUCGUCGACCCAAAUGAGCCCGCUGUCUGGUCGGCAUCCUUCAGCAGUGGAGGGGGCUUCUAUCUGCUUUCCUACCUAGGCCCAGACGUUCCCUAUCAAGAGCUCUACUCCAUCAACUCAACCAAACCACUCCGGACCGUGACGUCUAAUGCGGCACUGGCCGAAGCACUGAGGGGAUACAAGCUCCCAAAGAUCUCCUACUUUGAGCUUGAGCAUCCGUCCGGUGUGACUCUAAAUGUCAUGCAAAGACUCCCAGCAGAUUUCAAUCCCCACAAAAAAUACCCAGUCCUUUCUCAUCCAUAUGGUGGACCCGGUUCGCAGAGCGUGAGCAAGUCGUUCCAGCCACUUACAUGGGAAGCGUACAUCGCGUCCGACCCGGAGCUUCAGUACGCCACGUGGAUCAUCGACAAUCGCGGGACCGGAUAUAAAGGCCGGGCAUUCCGUGGUAUUGUGACGAAGCAGCUGGGCAAACUGGAAGCUGAAGACCAAGUCUGGGCGGUGCAAGAGCUCUUGAAAAAGAAUAGCUGGGCAGAUCCAGAGAAGAUAGUGCAGUUUGGUUGGUCAUUUGGGGCGUAUCUUACGGCCAAGGUCGUCGAGCUUGACUCCGGUGUGAUUUCGCUUGGUCUAAUCACAGCCCCGGUAAGUGAUUGGCGGUUCUACGACAGCAUGUACACCGAGCGAUACAUGAAGACUCCUGAACUGAACCCAGGAGGUUACGAAGAGACUGCCGUAGAAAAGGUCGAUGGUUUUAAGAACAUCGCAGGAGGAAUAUUGAUUCAACAUGGCACUGGAGAUGACAAUGUGCACUUCGCUAAUUCUGCUGUUCUCGUCGAUACGUUGAUCUCAGGGGGUAUCAGUCCGGAAAAGAUGCAGGUGCAGUGGCUCACGGACAGCGACCAUAGCAUUGUGUUUCACGGAGGCAACUUGUUCCUUUACAAGCAGCUCACGAAGAAGCUGUACGAGGAGAAAAAGAGAGUCAGUCCAAGUGGAGGCCACUCAUGGAGCAAAAGAGCUGCUCCGCUUUCCGCAUGA